GCCGGCCGAGAGUCCUCUGCGCGCCGCUGCCGCGGAGCCUCCACACCGACUCUGACAGCCGCGGAGCUGGGACCCGCGACCCUCGCCACCUCACGCAGCCUUCGCGGCCUCCAUCGCGGCCCCGAGUCCAGUCCCUCGCCUCGGCGUCCACAUCCGGGGGGCGGUCCGGCCGCCGUCGCUGCGGAGGCCGCAUCUGGCGCGCAUCUGGAACCGCCCGGCCGGCCGCGCUGGAGCCCGCGCCCGCCCUGGCCCGGCCGCGCCGGGAGCCCUGCCCGGAGCUGGAGCCGCAUCUGGAGCCGCGGGCCCGGGGCCCUGAGCCGCGCAGCCGGCGCAUGGUGAACUCGCUGCUGUUCGGGGAGAUGGCCUUGGCCUUCGGCUGCCCGCCGGGCGGCGGCGGCGGGAGCUGCCCCGGCGGGGGCGGCGGCGGCGGCGGGGCCGGGCCGGGGCCGUCGCCUGUGACGGCGGCGCUGCGGGACGACUUGGGCUCCAACAUCCACCUCCUGAAGGGGCUCAACGUGCGCUUCCGCUGCUUCCUGGCUAAGGUGCACGAGCUGGAGCGGCGCAACCGGCUGCUGGAGAAGCAGCUGGAACAGCAGCAGAGCGAGCGCGAGCGGCGGCUGCGCUACAAGACCUUCUCCCGCGAGCAGGCCGUGCAGACCGGGCCCGAGCUUCUGCGGCCGCCCGCAGCCGGCGCCGGGCUCGGCAGCGGCAGCGGCGCGGCGGCCGGCGCCAACGCCAACGCCGUGGCCCUGGGCGGCCUGCCCCCCGGCGGCGGCUCGCACCCGCAGCACUACGGCCGCCUGCCCGGGACCAUCUGGAGCUACACGCAGGUGCGGCGCACGGGCGGCGGCGGCGUGGAGACGGUGCAGGGCCCCGGCGUGUCGUGGGUGCACCCCGACGGCGUGGGCGUGCAGAUCGACACCAUCACGCCGGAGAUACGCGCGCUCUACAACGUGCUGGCCAAGGUGAAGCGCGAGCGCGACGAGUACAAGCGGAGGUGGGAGGAAGAGCUUGCCAAGCGCAUGAACCUCCAGACCAUGGUGGACACACUGCAGGAGGCGGCACAGGAGGCUGAAGCCAUCCAGGAGGAGAUGAACGAGAAAAUUGAGCGGCUCAAGGCCGAGCUGGUGGUGUUUAAGGGGCUCAUGAGUGACCCCAUGACAGACCUGGACACAAAGAUCCAAGAAAAGGCCAUGAAGGUGGACAUGGACAUCUGCCGUCGAAUCGAUAUCACGGCCAAGCUGUGCGAUGUCGCACAGCAGCGGAACUCGGAAGACGUGUCCAAGAUCUUCCAGGUGGUCCCCAAAAAGAAAGAGCGUAAGGUGGCCUCCGACGAUGACAUCUCCGAGCAGGACGGGGAGGUGAACCGGUUCUCAGAUGACGAAGUCGGCUCCAUGAACAUCACGGACGAGAUGAAACGCAUGUUUAACCAGCUGCGCGAGACCUUUGACUUUGACGACGACUGUGACAGCCUGACUUGGGAAGAGAACGAGGACACGCUGCUGCUCUGGGAGGACUUCACCAACUGCAACCCGACCAUCGACCUGCAGGGCGAGCAAGAGGAGAAUUUGGGCAACUUGAUCCAUGAGACAGAAUCCUUCUUCAAGACAAGAGACAAGGAGUACCAGGAAACGAUCGGCCAGAUCGAGCUGGAGCUGGCCACAGCCAAGAGUGACAUGAACCGGCACUUGCACGAGUACAUGGAGAUGUGCAGCAUGAAACGUGGCCUGGAUGUGCAGAUGGAGACCUGCCGCCGGCUCAUCAAAGGCUCUGCUGACAGGAAUUCACCGUCCCCCAGCUCCGUGGCCAGCAGCGACUCAGGAAGUACAGACGAGAUCCAGGAUGAGUUUGAGCGGGAGGCGGAUGUGGAGCCCAUGGUCAGCUGAUGACUGAGGCCCCCCUGUGCCUGGUGGUCUCGGUGACGGGGCCUCUGCCCCCACUCCCCGUGGGGCCGGGAAGGCUCCUCAGAGCGGGGCUCCAGUCCUCACCACACCGACUCCCUCUGCCCUCCCGUCUCCGGAGGCCCCGAGGGACCGCUGCUUCCUUCCUUCCAGCCCACUACCAACCAGUGCCCCUUCUCCAUCCACCCACCCAAGGAAUGGUGCUGUCGAUUUCUAUUGUUCUCCACAUCACAAAUGCAGACUUCUGUCCGGACGAUGCAGAGUUAACUGUGCCUUUUCCCCUAAGCUGAGCCACUUUGAGCUCCAAAGAAUUAUUCCUAGCAGGUGUUUUUAUACAAAACUCUAAGGUGAGGGCGGGGCCCCUGGCAUGGUAUAAUAUGGAUUUCUACCCUCCCACCUGCUCCUCUGAUUGGCCCUGAGCUAUGCCCUUCCCUCCUCUGCCUGGCCAGUGCAGACCUGAGUUGGCCUUGGGGUGGUCCACCUCCCCCCCCUCCCCCCCCAGGAAGGAGCUGUUUGCCUUUGCAACCUUUCUAGGCCUGGGUGGGGGCCUCUCAAGUGCUUUAACUUGAAAAGAUGGAAGGAGGGAGGGGAGACAAAAUUUUCUUUUUUUUUUUUUUGGAUCGAGUGGCAAAGUGGAGGGACAAGGCACUGUGGUGGGGGGGGGGGAGUGGAGUCUCACUGUGUUUAAACUACUAUGCAAAAAACAAACAAACAAACAAACAAAAAAAGCAGCUUGCCUUAUAUCAUUGUGGAAGGUAGGCUCCCACCCUGACUCCUGGUUUUCCCCCGGAGCUCGGAGGGAGGCUGAAGCUAGGGCGAGCUCUCUCGCAACCUCCUCGGGUGAGCACUGACUUGGGACGGGGGUUCUGUCACGGUUGGUAGUGAGGCCUGGGUCCUGCAAGGCCCUCGGCCCACCUGACUGCUUGCUCUCUUGGGACCUCUGUGGGGUGGGAGGGGUCUUCUAUUGCCCUGGUCAUUGGCAAGUAAACACAUUUUGUUUUCUUGAUGUUUUUCUCUCCCUUCCCAGCCAAUGAUAAGGGGCUAUAGGUCUGUAAUUUCUCUGUGAGAAAGUCUGAAGGGGGCUAGGUCUGGUAUCUACCCCCCUCCAUAGUGGAGCUGGGUUCCUACCUCCUGCCGCCAUCUUGGUUCUCCACUGCCCCCAGUUGUCCACUUCUUGGCCACUGGCUGACACUGGAAAGGGAAGGGGAGGGAGGCAUCGAGGGCUGCUGGCAGAUCAGAGGUGGUGGCAGGAGCGGAGCUCAUCUCUGGAUGAGAGCCAUCCUUGUUCUGCUCAUGGACACCCGUAAGCCUGUUUCUAUUCUUCACUUGAUUGACCGACUGGCGGGGAGUUAAUCUGAGCCAGUGUCUCCCCAAGACUUGAGUGGGCCUGUGUCAAAAGGCACCACGUUGAGGCCACCCUGCCAAAUCUCAGCUUGGAACCAGGCGAGCAGGUUUCGCUUUUUAAGAAAAAUUUCUUUUUGGACCCACUCCUGUGGGUGGGAUCGCCGAUUUUUUUUUUUUUUUUUAAUUGGCCCAGGAGCUCCCCCUGGAGGUCAAAGAAGCAAAAUGUGCCCAAGGACCAGAACUUCUCGCCUACUGCUCCUGUGUGGAGGCAGAGGAGGGGCUCUGGCUUUAAAACGGAUUGCAGCCCCCUGUCUUUCUUCCUCAGGGUACCAGCGACCUGUUAGGGCCUUCUCUCUCUUCCGUUUCCCCCACCUGUUUUGCAGUCUUAAAACCAUUGUACAUAAUAUUCAUAUAAUAUAUAUAUAUGGAGAGAGAGAGUGUAUGUUAGUGACUGUGUGUAAUUUUUAUUUAUCAGAACUUGGUGGCCUUCAUCGUGAGUUCUUUCCGUAGUUGUUGUUGUCGCUGAGGGAGCCUGCUAGUGGUUCCCCGUGGCAGUCUGGCUGAGAGGCUUCCAUCCCCAGCCGAACGGUCCCUGGGUAGGUACGUGGAGGGAUUGAUGGCUUCAGAGGAGAGACAGCCCCUUUCCCUCCUCCUCACUGACCCUUGUUCUAAAGGUUACAGGGUUCAAACAUACCUGAUUAUUAUGGUCCUUAGUGUUAUUGUUGUUUUAGUUUUAGUUUCAUUUUAACCAAAGGUUAUCAGAGCCAGUUGGCCUUGGACCUCAGCUGCUGAAAAGAUUUUCCGUUUCCGGGAGGACCCCUCGGGCCUCCUCUGUCCAGGGCUGGGGGGAGGCCUGGAAGGACGUGGUUUGGGAGGCAGAGUGGAAGCCAGCCCCGGGUUGUUCUCAAGGUGGUGGGAGGGUGACAGACCUAGCUUUAGUGUUAAGACGUAAGGCAACAGUGUAAGUAUUUGGGGGUAACUAAGGUGACCGGGGCAGUCGGUGUCCGGUGGUGUUAUUUAUGCUUCCCAUUUUGUGUACAUAGGACGUUCGUCUCUGGGACUAGCGUGCUCUAAGUUUGUCCAGGGAGUAUGGAAAUGGCAGGAGCCAGAGAUAGAUGCUGGCCAGGAAGUUCCUUCUUGCUGAUUUUCCAUAGCUGCUCUCCUCUGGGGAGCAAGGAUUUGGGGCAGGACGAUGGGGGGUGGGGGACAGCAAGGGGGUGGCCGACCCGCCUCCUUGGCAGGGGGCCUGGGUCUUGGUCUGGCUACCUUUCUCCCCACCAAGUUCUGUUUUUUUUUGUUUUGUUUUUUUGAGUUUGUUGCCAGUGGGCCCUGCUUGUCCCCUCGCCACGAGCCCACAGCUUGCCAAGAAAGACCCCAACGCUCGCUGGGGCAGCACUAGGUCCGGUCGGGACGAACUGGUCCGUCCUUUGUAAAGCUGUAAAUAGUCAAAUUUCUAUUUCUAAGCCCAGUGUCAUAUUGACAUUGGUAUUUUAGGGUUGUUCUCAGAUGGGCUCUCCUGUGCUGCCCUCUCUCACCCUCCUAUUUUUGGGGGUUUUAUAAAAAGAGAGGAUCGGGGAGGAGCAGGGAGAGUAGCUUUCCUUUGGGCUCCCUGGUUGUGGAAUCCACGCACACACACACACACACACACACACACACACACACUCCUCUGAGACUCCAAACAGGGGAUUAAAAAAAAAGAUCAUUGGCAAGUAAACACAUUUUGUUUUCUUGUAGCAAUAUAUGUUGAGGUCUCUGAAGGCCCAGUCUGUCACAGACUUGGUUCUGACCUACAGAGAAGCAAACCACUUUGGCUUGGAAUGGGGGAGAGGGUGCGGGGUAGGGGGUAAUAGAAGGUGUCACUUAAGCUAAAUGUAACCUAUUUAUAAAGCAAGAGAUUCUCAUCUAUUUUUAUGAAAGGAAAGGGUUUUUAAAUCUAGGGUAGGCAGUUAUGGCAGCCCAGCGUUCUUCUGUGAACAAGAUGCAUGUUGCUGCUGCUGAAUAUAACCAGUGCCCCUCGCCCCAUCUCCCCGGCCUCACCGCCUACUCACCUGCACCCAUGAGCGGCUUCAGCAGAGCCUAUGUCCCGCUUCACCCCAUUUCCCUGUUCCUUAACCCCUCCCCCAGCUCCUCGGUCCUUGGAAGUCUUUGGGGGGGGGCACUUGUGGGAGUGGGUGGGCAGUGGGGAAUUCAGAAUUGAGGUGGGUGGGGGGAGGCAAAAGGGGGUACCAGGUAGGGGCCCAGCUCUGCCUCGGAGGGUGGGCUCUGAGUAGUUACUCACACUCCGAUCUGCCAAGACCCAUUUCCAAGUCAGCUGUGUUUGGGAGAGGCUGAGAACCAGCAGGCUGUGGGCGGCCAUGGGACUGUUGGUUCAGGGAGCAUUCGGCUUCCUUGGGGCCUGGGCCCUAGUGGGUCCCAGGUCGUCAGGCAGCUGGAGCAGGGAUGGAAAUGCCAGGGGAUGCCUCCCUCCCAGCCCCAGCUGUGCGGACUCCGGGCCGAGGCCUGGGCUGUGGUCCUUGAUGUGCUCCUCCGGGGCGUGGGAGAGGACUAGGGUGCUGCGUGCUGGGUCCUGCUCAGACCUGGGUUCACCACCCGGAGACACCGAGCUCUGGUUCUAGAAGGGCACGCUCCUAGAGUGUGGAGUCUGGGGGCAGCCGGAUGGGUAGGGGGGGAGGGCAGAUUCUCUCUGAAAGGGAAUUUUCCACGAGUGGAGGAUUUCUAGGCUCAAGGUGGGCUUGUGUGUUGGUCUUGGGCAAAUUCCCCACUGUUCCUGCCGCCAGGCCCUCAAAGAAAUGAGGCGAAGGCACCAUCCCCACCCCUAGCAAGACCCCUUUGGUGGACAUUUUAGCAUCUACCUGAUUUUUAGCCCCAUCCAGGGAGACUUUGUAUCCCACAGCCCCAUCCCACCCCACUGUUGCUGUCUGUCUGCCAGUUGGGUCUCGUGUCAAGGGGAAGGGGGCGGGGGGAGGUUUAUACUCAUUGAAAGACUACUGAUCCUACCAGAAACCAACCUGUUUACUGUACUGUUGUAAAUAUCAUGCCCUUUAUAUCCUGUAUAUUGGCUUCUUUUAAAUAAAGUGAAAUGUCUUAGAA